AUGGCUGGAGUUGAGGUGCAGUCCCAGUUUGUCUUUGGGUUACGGCCAAGUGUAAAGAAUAAUUUGUGCUUCUUGGACGAACAAACGGUCAUAUUCCCGAGUGGUAACAGUUGCGUCCGCUACGACAUUGACCAGAGAAGCCAAAAAUUCAUUCCAGGCACACAGAAAAGCAAAGGUAUGCAGGCAUUAGCCAUCAGCGCUAAUAGACGUUACCUGGCUGUGUCUGAGAGUGGGAACAAAGGUACCAUCACCAUCUAUGACCUGCAGCAUGAGCAGAGCAGGAAGAGGAAAGCGCUGAAUGGGGGAGAACUGCCUGUCCAGGAAUUUGUUUGCAUGGCCUUCUCACCAGACUCUAAGUAUCUCAUUGGUCAAGGAGGGCAUCCAGACUGGACCCUCUUCUACUGGAUGUGGGAGAAACAGAAGGUCAUGGCCACAGUUAAUACCACCAGCAAUGGCUCCAUCAACCAGGUGAGCUUCAACCCACAGGACAAUACUCAGAUUUGCGUGUGUGGAAACAAGGUGUUCAAACUCUUCCGCUAUGCGGAGGGUGCUCUGAAGCAAUCCAACGUCUUCAAACAAGAGAUCAACGUUCUUUCUCAUGCCUGGUUGUCCGAAGAACGAAUCAUCGUUGGCACUGAGACUGGACGAUUACUGCUGUUUGAGUCGGGUGACAUGCGCUGGGAAACGACUGUGAAAUCAGAGCCAUCUGCCUCUGAAACUCACAGACAACAGGAGAGGAACAGCUCAGAUGAAAACGAUUCCACCCCAGCUGCAUUGCCACAGGUUACAGCCAUAGUGGCUCUCUCCAAAGGCUUUGCUUGCUCAGCGGGACCCGGUACUGUGUGUCUCUUUGAGAAAACCGAAGAGAAGGACAGCUACAGGAAAACCACAGAGAUACAGAUCCCUCCAGAUCCAUUCAGAAGUGAGCUGUGUGUGGAAGAUCCACAGCAGAUCAUGACUCUGUGUAUCAGUCCCUCUCAGGAAACCCUAGCACUCAGCACAGACCACAGCCAGCUCUACAGCAUCACACUGUCCUCUGCAGAGAUCAGCAAGAGUGAGCAUGCUCAAUUUGAGUUCCUGUCCCAUCCUUUCCAUUCGGGCGCUAUCACAGGUCUGUCCACCUCUAUUCGUAAGCCUUUCCUGGCCACCUGUUCCCUGGACUGCUCUGUACGCAUCUGGAACUUUCAGACUAACGCUCUGGAACAGUAUAAAGAGUUCCAGGAGAUGGCCUACAGCGUGGCCUUGCAUCCUUCCGGACUCCAUAUCCUGGUGGGCUUUGCAGACAAGCUGCGUUUGAUGAACCUGCUGGGCGAUGACAUCAGGACUGUUAAGGAGUUCACUGUGCGCAGCUGUCGAGAGUGUGCAUUCAGUCACGGGGGCCAUUUGUUUGCUGCUGUGAAUGGAAACGUGAUUCAUAUCUACUCCACCACAACAUUCAACAAUGUCCUCAAUCUGAAAGGGCAUAAUGGAAAGGUGCGAGCCAUAGUGUGGAGUUCAGAUGACAGUCGUCUGGUGUCAUGUGGUAUGGAUGGUGCUGUGUACGAGUGGAACACAUUCACCAGUAAGCGUGAAUCUGAAUGUGUGCUCAAGUCCUGCAGCUACAACGACGUUGCCCUCUCACCUGACGGCAAGACUAUCUUCGCUGUAGGAAAUGACUUUACGCUAAAGGAGAUCCAAGAUUGUCAGAUCCUGAAAGAGGUAGGUGCUGACGAAGUGUCAUACACAGCCAUUGCUGUGUCGUACUCAGGGAGAACUGUCUUCACGGGCACUUCCACCGGCACGGUGCGGGUCAUCAAACAUCCUCUAUCUUUUCAGAAAGACUGGACAGAGCACCAGGCCCACUCUGCCCCUGUGACUAAGAUGGUUAUUACAUUUGAUGACCAGUUCUUGCUGACUGCUUCAGAGGACGGAUGUCUUUUCAUUUGGAGAAUCAUUGAUAAGGAAGGCCAAGGGCUGAAGAGAGACAAGGACAUAGUCUUCUCAGAGGAGAUCCUUAUCACAAAGUCUGAUCUUGUAGAAAAGAACCAGAUCAUAGCAGAUCUUAAGACCAGAGUGGAGGAGUUGCAGAUGAACAAUGAAUAUCAGUUACGACUGAAGGGCAUUACCUACAAUGAUCAGAUCAAGGAGCUCACUGAGAAGUUUACCCUGGAGAUGGAGUCACUGAAAACCAAAAUCCAGGUUCUGAAAAUGGAAAGGGAGAAGCAAGAAAUAACCCACCGUGAAACUCUUGCUGAGGUCAUGGAGAAAUGUGCCAAAGAAAAACAGGAUUUAGAGUCCACCAAGAACCAGAGGCUAAUGGCGGAGUAUGAGAGGUAUGACAAGCUCCAGCUCAAACUGCAGCACAUGCAGGAAGAGCAUAAGCAGCAGCUUCAGAGUCUAGAGGAGCGCAGGAACCAAGCAAUGGAGGAGCUUGCAGAUUCCUAUGAAGUCAAACUGCAGGAGACCAAGAGCUUGCUGGACCAGAGUCAGGAUGUGACACGACAGCAGGUUUUAGAGUUUGAAGAGUGGAAGAAGCAGGUGGAGGAAGACAUCGAUGAGGAGGUCCUGCAAAUGCGAGUAAGAUAUGAGAGAAAACUACAAGAGGAGAAGGAGACAAACAUGAGACUUAAAGGAGAGACUGGAGUCAUGAAAAAGAAGAUCAUCAGCCUACAGAGGGAGACUGAAGAUAAAAAUGUGGAGAUUGAAAAGUUGAAGCAGGAACAGCAGAAGCUCCGCAGCUUGAUUGAAUCUAUAGAGAAAGACAUCAUGGGUCUGAGGAAAGAGAUUCAGGAGAGAGAUGAGACCAUAGAAGACAAGGAAACACGUAUUACUGACCUGAAAAAGGAAAACCAGGAGAUGAUGAAGUUCAAGUUUGUGUUACGCUGCAAAAUAAAAGAGAUGGAAGAAAAUAACAUGACCCAAGAAGAUGAGAUUGCAGAGAUGAAGAAGAAGAUCCAAGAGAUGGAUGCUGAACUGGAGCAGGUCACCAAGAAGAACACCCAGCUGGAGCUGAAAAUAGCUGACAUGAAGCUGAGGUUGAGUGCCGGUGAUAAAGAGAUGAGUAAAGAGAGACAGAGGGUGAAGGAUCUGGAAAGAUUGGUAGAGAGAUUUAAGACAGACCUCCACAACUGCGUGAGCUUCAUCCAGAAGCCCAAAGAGCUAAAGGACUGUUUGCACAAACUUUAUGAACACUAUGUCCAGGAGUCUGACGUGGUGGAGGUAGCAGGCAUGGGUGCUGACGUACAGGAGGAGCAGAUUCGCCAGAGAGAGCAUCUAGAGCGCACUGUGGCCUCUUUGAAGAAGAGGCUAGCCAAAGACGUGGAGGUGCACCACGCCAACAAAAUCAAACUCAUAAAGGAGAACGUCAUUCUGAUUAAAGAACUGAAUGAUUUGCGGGAUCAGUUGCGAAGAUCUCAAACACAGCUUAGUGAGGCGGAGCGCCAACUGCGCCUCUCUAAGAAGGACAAGAUGAAGGACUCCGCAGAGCUUGGGAGUAAGCAACGACUUAACUUCGAAGAGGAGGCAGAGAAGAUUAUUCAAAUGCAGCGCGUGGAGAUGGAGAGACUAAGGCAGCAGAUCCAGGGUCAAGGGGAAGGGUCUGUCCUGCUUCAAGCCUCUCCCAUUCCCAAACUACCUCCAAUUCCAAACUGA